ACACAUUCUCUUUCUGGGUAAUAACGCUCGGAAUUAUAUCACGAACUUGGAGGAAUUCUUUGCACAAUGGCCAAAGCAGCUACAGACAUUUCUUCAGGUCCCGACCUAGACAGUUCGAUUUCGAUUUCAAAAGAUGCAGAUAUUCCCCCAGUAUCUACCACACAUGUCGAAGAUGCGCCGGUCAAGUUUGAUGGCCCGCUGAGCCGCGAUGUAGACGUCGCUAUGGCUUUGUUCGACCACCCGGGCCAGAUCCACGGACCACGAGAUCCAGUGGAAGAGCGUCGGCUUGUGCGGAAGAUUGAUUUCAUGAUCCUACCUUACCUUGCUGUUUGCUAUGCGUUCUUCUACAUCGAUAAGACCACGCUCUCAUAUGCUGCAAUCUUUGGUAUACGAGAGGAUCUUCACUUGAAAGGGGCCGAGUACAACUGGCUGAGUUCCAUGUUUUACUUCGGGUUCCUGUUCUGGGCAUUCCCCACAAACUUCCUCAUGCAAAAGUUUCCUAUUGGGAAGUACCUGGGCAUUAACAUCUUCAUGUGGGGCUUCUUCCUCAUGCUCCAAGCAGCAGCCCACAGCUUCGCCAGCCUCAUGGCCCUCCGCUUCCUUGCUGGCGCCGCCGAAGCGUGCUCCGACCCGUCAUUCAUGCUCAUCACCAGCAUGUGGUACACACGCAAGCAACAGCCCGUUCGCAUGGGCCUAUGGUACAUGGCCAACGGCUUGGGCAUCGCCCUUGGCGGCCUCCUCGGCUACGGCAUCGGGAAUAUCAGGGGGUUUCUCCCGUCAUGGAAAUACGAGUUCCUCAUUAUUGGUGCACUCUGCUGCAUUUGGGGAAUCGUGAUAGUUCUUUUUCUCCCGGACUCGCCCGUUAGCGCAAAGGCGCUGACCAAAGCGGAGAAACGUAUGGCGGUCCAGCGACUACGGGAGAACCAGACUGGUAUCGAGAAUAAGCACCUCAAGGCCUAUCAAGUGCGCGAGGCCUUCCUGGAUAUCAAGUUAUAUCUCUUCUUCGUUCUGGGCAUCGUAUGCAAUGUACCCAAUGGGGGCAUAUCCAACUUCGGCACGCUGAUCAUCAAGGGCUUUGGGUUCAGCACGCUCGUCACGACGUUAAUGCAGGUCCCGUAUGGGGUGCUCAUCGCGAUCUGUAUUCUGGUCUGCGUAUAUCUCAACGACAGGUGUGAGAACAAGCGGUGCUUGUUCAUUCUCAUAUUCCUGUGUCCGAACAUUGCUGGGGCUUUUGGGUUGCGGUAUCUAGAUGCGGGGAACCAGGCUGGGAGACUUGUGUCGUAUUAUCUAACGGGGCCGUAUAAUGCGGCGUUUGUCAUGAUUCUUUCGUUGCAGGUCGCCAAUACGUCGGGACAUACGAAGAAGGUUGUUACAAAUGCGGUGUUGUUUCUUGGAUAUUGCAUUGGAAAUAUCAUCGGCCCCUUUUUCUACUUGUCCAAUCAAGCUCCGCAUUAUGAAUUGGGAAUAUGGUCCAUCAUUUUGUCGCAUCUUCUCGAAGCCUGCAUCAUCGUCACAUUCUGGAUUAUGAUGAGUCGCGAGAAUCGGCGCCGCGACAAGAUCCAGUCUGUUAUGGUCGGAGGUCUAGAGGGCAGAGAUCUAGAUGCCACAGCGUUCUUGGAUAUGACGGAUCGGGAGAAUCUAAAUUUCAGAUACAUUUACUGAAGUAGAUGUAUCAUUAAAAACGAGGGAGAUAUUUACUUGAUAUAUCUAGUGACACAAUUGGCUCGAUACAGCGAAGAGAGAUGAGAUUAUCCCGGUCUUGGUCACAGUGAUCAUCGAAUGUGAAUUUGCGCAUGAAAUUCUUCAUUCUGGUCACCACAGCUCAUGAUGCAGUGGAUAGCUUAUUUUGUUCGAGCAUGGCAUACUUAGGUGUCGAUAUUGGCUUCGUGAUGAGUUGAACCCCCGAGCUAUUGGUGACCGACAGGGAAGAAACACAUAUUCUCAAGGCAAUGCAAUGCUACCUCUAUGCAACUGAG